UUCGGAUUGAGUUCCCCAGCUCGCUUCGAAGAAGUUCAAAGAUGUAAAUAUAAUCACCAUAUAAUAUGCAGCACAAAACGGCCCAAGUAAUUUCGAUCUUGUGAGAUCAAACACCAUAUCCACCAUUUCACUUCAUCCUUAUCCUACACCAAGAAUUUGCAAUGGGUUCUACGGCCGCUGCUCACAUUCCCUUCCGCCUCGAUGGCAAGGUCGCCCUCGUGACCGGCUCCGGCCGCGGCAUCGGCGCAGCCAUAGCAACAGAGCUCGGCCGCGCCGGCGCAAAAGUCAUUGUCAACUACGCCAAGUCUGAGGCCCCGGCACUAAAGGUUGUUGAGGAGAUCAAGAAGCUGGGAACCGAGGCAGUGGCUCUCCAGGCGGAUGUGAGCCAGGUGUCUCAGACCGUCAAGCUCUUCGAAGAGGCCGUCAAGGUCUGGGGUCACUUGGACAUCGUCUGCUCCAACGCCGGUGUGGUGUCAUUUGGCCACCUCGAGGAGGUCACCGAGGAAGAGUUUGAUCGAGUCUUCACCAUUAACACCCGUGGUCAGUUCUUUGUAGCUCGAGAGGCCUACAAGAACCUGAGCGAGGGCGGUCGCAUCAUCCUCAUGAGCUCGAAUACGGCGCGUGCAUUCGCCGUUCCGCGACACUCGGUCUACUCGGGUUCCAAGGGGGCUAUCGAGUCUUUCGUCAGGGUCCUGGCCAUCGACUGUGGCAAGAAGAAGAUCACAGUCAACGCCGUUGCCCCCGGAGGCACCGUGACUGAUAUGUUCCAUGAUGUCGCUCAGCACUACAUCCCCGGUGGAGAGAAAUACACACCAGCACAGCUCCAGGAAAUGGCCGCCCAUGCAUCACCCCUUCAUCGGAACGGUUAUCCUCUCGAUGUGGCCCAUACCGCUGUAUUUUUGGCCAGCAAGGAGGGCGAAUGGGUUAAUGGCAAGGUGAUUGGUGUUGAUGGUGGAUCUUAAAUUGCAAAAUCAAUUGUAGCUUCGGAACAGUUAAACCUAUUUCUUCCAAGACUAUCCCGGUUGAUUAGUUAGAGACUAUGCAUAAAUAGAAUGUUUUCAC